GAUAGCAACCUCAAAUUUGGAACACAGCUUGCACAGAUUUUUGGUUUUGGUAUUCUACACUCUUAAAAAAUAAAGGUGCUUCACGAUGAAGAAGCACAAGAUAUUUAUGGAGAAAGUAUAGCAAGAGGACAACUGUUAAACCAGAGUGACAGACAAGAAUUUCCAAGGAUCGGUAUUUCACUGAUAAUGUGUGAUGAGAAUGAGGGUGAAGUUGCCAGUUCAAUCUUGAAUUUACGGACUCCUCAUUUGGAUUUUCUGGACUGUGCUUCAAAGAAGGCACUUUACCACACAACAGUCAAGGGCAUGGAAAAACACAACAGUCCUUGGAGCCCAGAGAGAAACCUGAGGAUAAACAUGUUCUAUACAGAUAAAGGUUCUGGUUUAGGUACACACGAGCUGGUCAAUGUUGAGAGCCAAACAACAUAAGCAGAACAAGACGAUGCAGGAGAAGAAUGGAAACCUAAAUAGAGACUUUGGCAGUGACCUUGCAGAGGUGCUAAUGUCCUAGCAGUUCUUUUAAUCAAUAACUCUUGUGACAUUGAAAACAAGUCUCAACAAGGCAAAGAACGAGAGCUGAAAGAUGUUAUACUCUAAACCCAGUGAGGCCUUCAUAAACUGUUUUACCCUACAGACCCCAAGAAGUCCCUCAUGGAAUGGCUGGAUGAGUUCCGUUUAAGUGAAACUCAGAGAGAAGAUGAUGAGGUUAGUUCUUUAAAUACAGAUCUUUGCCUUCGUUUUCUAAAGAGACAGUUUAAAAAAAUACAAUGUUUAAAAGUCAUCCUAAAUAUGUCUGUCACAUCUUGAUGGCAUCAUAGAUUGGUGGAACACUGCGGAACAUGAGUUUACUUACCCUGUUUGUCCACUUUCAGAAACACCCACCCCAUCUACUUUUUUAAUCUGAUUAACAGUUAUUCUUUUUUAAUAAAGUUCUGUGGUCCUCAUGAUCUGGACUUAAUAUUAGCUAUUUUCCUCCCUUCAUAAUGGGAGGACAUGCCCAAAAGUGACAACAUGAUCAUGAAAGAGGAAGCCAAGUAAGUCCCAAUUCAGUAUGUGUGCAUGUGACAUGACAAAGUGAAUUUGACUGACCAAUUGUCUUUUUGUCGGGGCUUUCAUUAACAGCUUUAAAGGUGCAAAAGGGCAUACGUGUGUUCAACAAACUUUUCUCAGAAUGGGCAGAAGGACUGUGGCAGCAUGUGAUUGACCUGCAUGCCAUUGCUGAUGGCCUGGAAUGCUUCAACAAGAAAACCAAUUUGCCCAGAUCACUGGUGGCUCCCCCAGUGCUGUGGGAGGUCUUGCUAACAUAACUGGCCUCAUCUUAGCACCUUUCAAAAUGCAGAUAGCCAAUGCGGCUGGAACCACUGCAGCACGUGCUGUGCAGAUCGCUAGUAUAUCCACAGGUGUUCUGACAGGGCUUUUUGUCAGGAUGGACAUCUAUUUUGUGGCCAAGGACUCCCAUGAGUUGAAAAAUGGUACAAAGUCAGAAUUUUCCGCCAAGAUUAGAGAAGAGGCAGAUCAGCUGCAUGAGGGCUUGAUGGAAUUUAACAUAAUCUGAGAUUAAUUGCAGUUGACCACCACUAUGAAAGAAGACAAACCAUAUUGACAAGCUCUAUAAACACUUCCCUGAGAUUAUUUUUACUUUCAAAUUAGAAGAUAUAUCAAAAAAAUAAAUAAAUAAAUAAAUAAAUAAAUAAAUAGAAUGGUUCUAGAACUAUACUGACUUUCCUUAUUAGAGCGCAAAGGGAAUUCUGGAUCUUAUUUUGUUUUUAUGGCUUUAUAUCCACUGCUUGGUAUAUGGUAUAUUUGCUGCUUUAUAAAGAGGGUUUGUAUUUUGUGCAUUGUUUUGUGUAAAACAACCUGAUGAACAAUAAUUCAUUAUUUAUUACAUUUAAUUAAUUUCAAAUUUACCAUGACCCAAUAUGUAUCUAUCUAUCAAUAUUUUUGAUGGUUGAAAUUCUCCAGUAAUUUUUAUGGGUUUUCAAAAAAGUUUUCUACGCGGUUUUAACGUGACCUUUAUGUAACAAAAAAGGUUAAUUUGUUAAAAAAAAAAAUAAAAUAAAAAAAAAACAGUAAACAGACUUAGUACCUGGACUAAACUGUCUUUUCUUGACUUGUGUAGUGGAAGUGAAGAGAUAUGAUUCAUCAUCGUCACAACGACACCCUGCUCAACCGCCCCUGUGCUGUUUUUACUCCACACAGAUUAACCAGGCGGAGCUUGACAAAGUUUUGACAGGCCGUUUCCCUGUUGCUGUACGUAUGGGAACCUAAGGAAAAAAAUGUUUCCUGUAGCUCUUUAAAUAUAACAUGAAAAGGCAAAGGUAUGAAAGUUGAAGGACAGUGACUAAUUCAGAGGAAAACAGGAGAUCAUUCAGAAAGAAGCAGAUUCGAUGUCCAGGCUUCCAGACGUAGCUGAGCACUCAUCUGAGGUGAGACAAUACAUGUGGUGUAGGAACAGGAAGCUUUCACACUAAGCUGAUUAGUUUGAUGGAACCAGACUCUCUCGUAACAUCUGAGCUUUCAUUGCAAUGAGCAAGCUUACUGAGAGUGAGCUGUCCACUCUUAAUGAUCAUCCAUCAGGCAAUGAUAACCCAAAGGGGAAAGCUGCCAUUUUCAGCCAUUUGUUUAAAAGAACUAAAACAUGGACGAGACUCCCUGCACAAGAGGAAGAGCUAUCAUUACAACAUGGAGAACUCUCAGCUGGCGAUCAAAGCAAAACACAAAACAACAACACCAUGGAAGAACAAGCACUGAAAAGUGAUUUUUUAGGCAGUGACAAUCUUGAGGGAAAUUCCCAGUUUAAUUUUCUCAAAACAUUUCCUAGAGGACCUGAGGAUACUUCUGAACAGAACAGCCCACCGUUACACAUUAAACUGCUGGCCUGUAAUGACAAUCUAUUAUAUCUCUCCAACAACAACUUAAAGGAUAAUUCAGGAAAGCGAAGUGGCACUUUCCGCAGUUCCCCAAAACCAGCGUUACGUUUUCCUGCUGAAACGGACCCACUAAGCGAGCACAUUGAAUUUACAGACUGGGAUUAUAACGUCUUGGACACUGGCAUUGAAAAGAAAUCUGUCCCCAGGAAAUACCAUGACAAGAAACUCUCAAACAGUAAUAACAAAGUUAUGUCAUUUAGAGUCAAGAGAACUCUACCUAGAAGGCCCACAUUUUCAUGCAGUACGCAGGAUUCAGAUCAAGAGGACAUGAUUGAGGAGCCAUUGGAAAUGCAGCAACUGGGGGAAAAUGAGGACUGUACUUUUGAAAUCCUGCCACUGGAGAUGGCCGCCUACCCAACAGAUUCAAAUUCUUUAGAGACAGAUGAGGAUGAUGACUUGAUGGACUGGUGGAAAACUGUUGAGGGUUGGAGUGAAUGGAAUGUAACGGCAAAUUUUCAGGAGGACAAUGAGGAGCGGACUGUGGAGGCUGCUGCAGACCGUGUGUUCAUGGCUGCCCGUCUCUUUGUCAAUCUGUUCAACCAGCGUGGGGCAACUCUGCAACAUCAUAUUUUAGAGUUGCUUGCUCUGGCAGACUCUGCUGACAACUUUCAUAAGAAGACUGUGAGUGCAGCUGUUGGAGGGGGCGUAGCUAGUGUGGCAGGGGGCAUAGCCACCAUUACCGGCCUCAUCUUGGCACCCUUCACCUUUGGCACUUCCACUAUCGUCACUGCGGUUGGUAUAAGUGUAGCAACAGCUGGAAGUAUCACCUCAGCCACGGCUAACAUCACCGAUGCGGUUCAAUCCAAGAUGGAUCGCAAGAAGGUGGAGAAGAUGAUCCAAGGCUACCAGAAUGAGAUCAGUGACAUCAGAGAUUGUCUGGAGUUCAUGCAGGAAGGAAUGAACACCCUACAGAAAUGGGAUUUUAAGGGGUACUCUGAGAGUGUGGUCAACACAAGUCUUAGCCGUAACAUAAAGCAUGUGUUGAAGGAAGGUGGACGAGCAGGAAGAGCCCUUAUGAUAAACACAGAUAGGCUUAUCAGCACUGUGAAAGUUCUAGGUGUUGCUGGAGGUGCUGCCAAAGCAGCCAAGGCCGUCAGUAUCACCACAGGGGUCAUGUCCACUCUCUUCCUUGCCCUGGAUGUCUUCUUUCUUGCCAAAGACUCCAAUGAACUUCGCAAAGGUGCUAAGACCAAAUUUGCCUCCAAGCUCAGAGAAGUGUGUAAAGAGCUUCAACAUGGCCUACUAGAACUAAACAAAGUGAAGACUCAGCUUCAAAAGACCAUGGAUGGAAUUGAAGUGGAAGAAUAUGAGGAAGAGGAGGAGGAUGAAGACCAUUGUGAGUCAGAUCCUGUUAAACUGGCUCUACUUGAGCAAGAAAUCGAUCAGUUGGAGAAGAAACUUGACCAGAAAACUAUGCUACAGCAAAUGAACCGAGAUGCUGAGAAAGAGAUCCCGAAAAAAGAAAUAAAAUGAGGAGACAAAGAGAUGAGUGAACGAUAAGGGGUCUUAUCUGUGAGCCAACAUAUGGAAACAACAAAAGCACAAAACUGAACAGUUUGAAAGGAAAAA